GAGCUCGUUGUCGCUUCUACGAUCGUGUGUGGUUGGUUUCAUUUGGCAAGUUACAAAAUAAAGAAAUACAUAUAUAGUAAUAUUUCCAGUCUUUAAAGAGAGUUUGAACAGCAUGUCACUGACAGCACUAGGCAUUAGCGCCGGCUUCAUGGUCGGCUGCUGCACUGCAGCACAGAUUGCGCGCCGAGUGAGUCAACGACUGCUGAGCCAGGAUGGUCUUGUGCCGGUGCUGAUGAACGAGGCGAUUGCCGCGGCAGAACUGUGCGCCUGCUGCUUUGAACUGAUCAUCGUGGCUGACAACUUCGGUGUGGCCACAUAUGCCAUCUUUCUGUUUCUGCUGACCAUCUGGUGGGGCAAGGUGUGGGGCGAUGCCUCCGCCUGCCCGUACACUCACAUGGAGGAUGUGCUGGAGGGACGCACCAGCUUCAAAGAAAUGGCGUUGCGCACCUGGGCGGAGCUGAUGGGAGGCUGUUGUGUGUAUCGUAUUGUGCAGGUCUUCUGGUGGCUGGAGUUUGCUGAGACGCACAAGGGACGCGCCUUUGAGGAGUGCAAUGCCGACUUGCAGGUCAGUCCUUACGUGGGUGCUGUCAUUGAGGGUGUGGCUACGCUGUUGUGCCGCCUCGCCUCGAAAACAAUCAGCGAACAGGAUCCGAAGUUCAGUAGUUAUAUUGAUUCCUUCAUUGGCACCAGUCUCGUGGUGGCAGCCUUUAACUUCUCCGGCGGCUACUUCAACCCGGUACUGGCCACGGCCCUCAAAUGGGGCUGCCGAGGCCACAGCAAUCUGGAACAUAUAAUCGUAUAUUGGAUUGGCGCCUGCCUAGGCGCUUUGCUAUCAGUACCCAUUUUCAAACUUCGUGUAGUGCGACGUUUCCUGCUGGGAGAGGAAAAGGAAAAGCAGGCCUAACUGUGGCCCAUUUCGACAAAAAA